CGGGGCGACAGGCACCGGGCCCCCAGAGGGGCGGCAGACACCGGGCCCCCAGGCGGGGGACGGCGGGCACCGGGUCAUCAGGCACCACAACGGGCAUCGGCUCACCAGGCAUCAGGUCAUUUGGCUUGCCAGCGGGCACCGUGUCAUCUGGCAAGGCAGUGGGCACCGAGUCACCAGGCACGACAUUGGGCUCUGAGUCAAUUGGCACGACAGUGGGCAUCGGUCACCAGGCCUGACAGCGGGCAUCGGGUCACCAGGCAUGACAGCGGGCACUGGGUCAUCAGGCAUGGG